AUGCCUAGGAACAGAUUUGAACUUAUUCUGAAGUUUCUGCAUUUCAAUGAUAACAAUACCAAAGCUCCAGACAAUACUGACAAGUUGUACAAAAUAAGACCAGUCUACGAUCUCAUGGUUGCGAAAUGGCGUGAUCUGUAUGAUCCAGGCGAGUUCAUCUCAAUUGAUGAGGGUACCCUCAAGUGGAGGGGAAGAUUAUCAUUCCGUGUGUACAACAAGGACAAACCAACGAAGUAUGGGAUUAAAGGAUAUAUUCUAUGUGAUUCUGACACUGCAUACUGCUGGAACCUAGACUUGUAUCACGGCCAGGGAAACACACUUCGUGAAACUGUUAUUGGUCUCAUGGACAGACUGCUGAACAAUCCUUACUCCCUGUACAUGGACAAUCUGUAUAACUCUGUGGAGCUUAGUGAGGAGUUGUUGAAUACCUACCAGGUUCAUACUUGUGGCACACUGAGGAAGAACAGAGGGGAGCCUGUAGAGAUUCGUCAAGUCGGUGACAGGGGUCACAUCAUCCCAAGAUUUGAUACUGUGUCAAGGAGCAAUGGAACUGUCAUGGUAUUGGCUUGGCAGGACAAAAGGACUGUGAGAAUGGUCAGUACUAAGCAUGAUAAGAGUACUGUGGAGGUUGAGAGAUUCAAGAAGGGGGGUCAUGGUGAAAAGGAAAAGAUCCAGAAGCCUGUUUGCAUCACUGAGUAUAACGCGCACAUGUCCGGUGUUGACAACCUUGACCAAAUGCUCAGCUAUUACCCCUUCACAAGGAAGACUAUCAAGUGGCAUAAGAAAGUAGUGUUUUAUCUGAUAGAAGUAGCACUGCACAAUGCUUUCAUUGUCCAUAAGCUCAGGCAUGAUCAACCAGAAAAAACUCUUCUGGACUUUCACUUGGCGAUUGUCAAGAAAUUGUGUAACGUUGUUGAUAAAAAUGAUGAUUCUGAUGAUGAUUCUGGGGAUGAGGACCCCACCCAACCUCCUGCAAGGGUCCCCAAACAUGAUCCCAGGGAAAGCGUAGAUAGGUCAUUACAAGUGCCAACUGGACCAAAGAAUGGCACCAUGCUUGGAACGGGAACAAGUCAAGACGAAGUCUCCUUGUAA